CCACGGGGAGGAGCAGAUAAACCCAAUACUACUUGAGCCCUGCCUUCCGCCGACUUACCGCUCGGUUGUACAAGGCCACCUCCGCGGUCACCACCUACGGGCUGCGAGUCACACGGGCCGACCACUUGCCCACCUGGCCGCUUCGCUCGGCUGAACCUCCUCUACAACAUGGCACCAAUGCAUUCGAUAGACCCCGAGAAAGGCAAGGAUGAUGAGCACGAUCAUAUACACGAGGAGCCGGUGGAGGAAGAUGAGGAGGAUGGUGCCGAGAUGGACCCUUCCCUCCAGGAGUACUUGGAGCACCAGCGCAUGCUGGACGAGUUCCUGUCCCCAAUAGCUCUAGACGAAGCGGUCCUGUAUAAACUGGCCCGUCGCUUUUCCACAAUAUACCGGGACCUGGCCCUGCAUUCGAGCGAGCAAUUCCUGCCGACCCCUGUGACUCGGUUGCCCACCGGUCUGGAGACAGGCCGGUACCUGGCCAUCGAUGUCGGAGGAACCAACCUGCGGGUUGCAUUCAUCGAGUUGCUGGGGGAGGCUACCGAGUCAGAUGUACGUUCCACAGACGCCUCGGAACGGUCUCGGGAUACAAUCCGGAAGGCGCAGAGACAACGGGUUCAGCGGACUCUCGAGCGAGCUUGGCCUAUACAGGAGCAUCUGAAGAUGGACAAGGCGGAGGACUUGUUUUCAUGGAUCGGAGAUUGCAUCGCGGAAGUAGUGGCAGAAAGCUUAACUUCGGAGAACACGAGAGGCAACGCUCCAGAGGAAUUGGAGAUGGGCAUUACCUUUAGUUUCCCGAUCAUGCAGGAGUCUCUCGCGGAGGCUACGUUGAUGCCAAUGGGCAAGGGAUUUGCAAUCACAUCGGACCUCGAUCUACACAAAAUCCUUCUAGGCGGCUAUGAGAAGCACACAAGACGCCCGGACGAUGAAUAUGAGCCUUCGAGCAAACGCCGGAAGCUUUUCGACCUACCCAAACUCAAAAUCGCAGCCAUCACCAACGAUACCGUGGCCACCCUUGCGUCUCUGGCCUAUGCCGUGAAAUCACUGCCCAACAGCCGGGUGGCUAUGGGUAUUAUUGUCGGCACGGGAUGCAAUGCGACGAUCCCGAUGAAGCUCAACAUGCUACACGAAUCCAAGGGGAAGCAAGUGAAGCUGAAGAAUCCCGAGGCUGAGGAGACCGUCAUCAACACCGAAUGGACGAUCGCCGGCGCCGCGCCACCCUUGAAAGAGCUCGACAUCAUAACCAAGUGGGAUAUGGAUCUCGACCAAGCAUGUGCACGCCCCGGCUUCCAGCCCUUUGAGUAUUUGACUGGUGGCCGGUAUAUCGGUGAGCUCAUUCGGCUCAUUCUCUAUGACUACCUCACCAAUGUUAGCGGGCUAUCUACAAAAGUACUGCCUGCGCCUCUCAUCCAGGCCUAUGCCUUGACAACCACGUAUGUUUCGGAUAAAGUCGCCCGCGCUCGAUCGGAUCAGGAACUCGCAGAUGAAUUAUCGCGCUCUAUGUCUCCGCCAGAGAACAGCGAAUGGAGCUGGGAUGCUCGGUCCGCAAGUGUCUUUCACAAGAUCGCCCGGACUGUUCAGAGACGGUCUGCUGGUCUGAUCGCUUCGGCAGUCGUAGGACUACUUGCAUGCGCGCAGGAGAUUGAGCUUAAAGUGGAUAGCCACGAGAGCUCACCGAAGAGUUCCAGCGCGUCUUUGCCUGGGAAUGACAGCGCGGCGGAUUUGUCCGCUGUAUCGAAACACCUCUCCCCUUCGACAUUAGAGCCACCGAGCGCAAGCUCAAAUGACCCUAUAAGCCGCGGUCCCAUUGUUCCUGUCCUCUCCCCCACCCCCACUCCCGCGGACUGGCAAUCGGGUCCCGAGGAACUGGUCGUGGCAUACACCGGCGGGAUCAUCCAGCACUAUCCGAACUUCAAGGAGACGUGUCAACAAUACAUUGACAGGCUCAUCAUGAGAACCGGGCCGCAGAAGAGCGGGAAGUCGGUCUUCUUACGGGAAGCGUCCGAUGGCGGUGUCAUUGGCGCAGGCGUUCUGGCAGGGAUGGAGGGGAAACGGUAAGACUUGGACAUGAUCUUCGGUUCAUACCGACCUGAGAAGAUCCAGGAAAGCGUUUUAUUGGAGUAUGAUUUAGCUGUUGGGAGAUAGAACCCGCUUUCCUCGUAUAGCGUUUCUGAAAGUCUCGUUUUGGUUACAUCAUCGCUA